GGCUGAUGCUGUACAAUUGUUGACUAGCCAUCUGCCAUCAAGCUACGAAUCCUGCGUGUGUGUGUGUGUGUUUGUGUGUGUGUGUGUGUGUGUGUGUGUGUGUGUGUGUGUGUGUGUGUGUCUUCUUAAAAGGAAAGAUGAGACGGAAACUAAAGAAAGAGAAACAGUGAGUGAGGUGCAGAUGUCACAGCGCAGCGGCUGGAGCCGGAGGUCCAACAGCAGACUGCUGCUUGAGAGGAGGUGAAUACAUAAAGAACUGGCGACCUCGUUACUUCCUGCUGAAGACAGAUGGCUCUUUCAUCGGCUACAAAGAGAAACCUCAGGAUGCAGACCUGCCCUACCCACUAAACAACUUCUCUGUAGCAAAAUGUCAGUUGAUGAAGACAGAGAGGCCAAAACCCAACACCUUCAUCAUUCGCUGCCUUCAGUGGACCACCGUCAUAGAAAGGACCUUCCACGUGGACACACCUGAUGAAAGAGAUGAGUGGACAGAGGCCAUCCAGAUGGUGGCCGACAAACUGCAGAGACAAGAGGAGGAGCGGAUCAAGUGCAACCCCACCUCCAACAUCGACAACAUGGUCGAAGAGGAGAUGGACAUCUCCACCACGCACCACAAACGCAAGACAAUGAGUGACUUUGACUAUCUGAAGCUGCUGGGAAAAGGAACAUUUGGUAAAGUGAUUCUUGUCCGGGAAAAAGCCAGCGGGAAAUAUUACGCCAUGAAAAUCCUUAAAAAAGAAGUCAUCAUCGCCAAGGAUGAGGUGGCCCACACACUCACAGAGAGCAGAGUUCUGAAAAACACCAGACAUCCUUUUCUCACUUCUUUGAAGUAUUCAUUCCAGACAAAAGACCGUCUCUGUUUUGUUAUGGAGUACGUGAAUGGAGGCGAGCUGUUUUUCCAUUUGUCCAGAGAGCGAGUGUUUUCGGAAGAGCGCACGCGCUUCUACGGCGCAGAGAUCGUCUCAGCCCUCGACUACCUGCAUUCAGCCAAGAUAGUGUACCGGGACCUCAAGUUAGAGAACCUGAUGCUGGACAAAGACGGCCAUAUGAAGAUCACUGAUUUUGGACUCUGCAAGGAGGGCAUCACUGAUGCUGCAACCAUGAAGACCUUCUGUGGGACGCCAGAAUACCUUGCACCUGAGGUCCUGGAGGACAACGACUACGGUCGGGCCGUGGACUGGUGGGGUUUAGGGGUUGUGACGUAUGAGAUGAUGUGUGGCCGACUGCCGUUUUACAACCAGGACCACGAAAAGCUGUUUGAGCUCAUCCUCAUGGAGGACAUCAAGUUCCCACGCACUUUGUCAGCCGAUGCCAAGUCGCUGCUGUCCGGCCUGCUCAUCAAAGACCCAAAUAAAAGGCUUGGGGGAGGGCCAGAUGAUGCUAAAGAGAUAAUGAGACACAGCUUCUUCACUGGCGUAGACUGGCUGGAUGUUUACGAUAAAAAGCUCAUCCCCCCCUUCAAGCCUCAGGUCACGUCGGAGACCGACACCAGGUACUUUGACGAGGAAUUCACAGCUCAGACCAUCACAAUCACUCCACCAGAGAAAUUUGACGAGGACGGGAUGGAUUGUCUGGACAAUGAGAGGCGGCCCCACUUCCCACAGUUCUCCUACUCCGCCAGCGGGCGAGAAUGAACUGUCCAUCAUGGUGACACCAUCACAGCUGGUCUCUGAGGUCAUCAGAGCGGGACACAAAGACCCACGGCUUUGGAUCGACCCAGACUUGAAGGAUUUUGUCCUUUUCCUCCAUUCCUUCUCUUUUCACCUCUCCAGUCUCCAUCUUUAUUUAUUUAUUUAUUUGCUAGUAUUUUUGUUUCUCCCUUCAGAGACUAAAUAAUAAUCGGUCUAAUCUCACACCACGGGCCCAGGCAUGUUUGUCUAACCGUGACAAGAUCUGUUGCUAUUUAAUGACCCUUUAACGGCAGGAGCUUCACCAGCAGCCUGCUGCUGUGCUCUGAUGUAUGUUCGUCUUCCCAAACCUUUAAAAGAGAAAACCCCAAACACCUCUGAAGCAGUUCGAUAUUAGCCGGUGCAUUUUUACGUAGGUGUUUUUGUAGUUUCUUAUCUAUCUGUGAGACAGAGAUACAGCGUUUUAAGUCGUUUUAACCCAAACUGCCAUUGCAGGUUGUAUCUCAGGCUUUUGCAAACACAGACUCCAAAUCCUCAGCUCAGUGAUUCUGGGAUUGAUUGAGCACCUGUGAUCAGAAAACUCCACUCCUCAUGUGGUCAAGCAGGAUUUGACUCAGGUGUUGCUCAGGCAUUGUUGUUGCUGCUAUUCCAACUACAACCACAACUACUACAGGUAUGACUACUACUACUACUGCUCUUCUACUGCUACUAGUAAAAUCCGGUGCUACACUGUUGGCUAAAUGCUGCGAGUCAUUAGCGCCAGUGAACUUCCUGUAUCGACAUCUACGCUAGCACAGCUGCAGAAUGGCUGCUACUUUAAUGUACAGCUCCUACGCGUCGCCCCUGAAGUCAACAUAUCACGUGUGUUUGUGUGUGUAAGGUCCAGUCACGGGUUUGACGGACAACACACCUCACAGCACAGCAGCUCCCACAGAUGAGGCUCCCAAAGAAACGAGCUUUAAUACAUUACCCACAGUGCAGUGCAAGGUGGUCGAAGAUCGGUCGGCAAAGGUGAAAAUAUGAAUGUUCUCCCCGCUUUUUAAAAUUUUUUAUUAAUUUUUUUGUCCCAAAAAGGGAAAUUGAAAGGGUACCUUGUACAAAAAGCUUUACUGUGACAUAUUAUCACAGCGGGAAUCCACACGGCCGUACCUCCCUGUGUCUGUGCAGGAAAGGAAGCUGAACGGGGAGUUGGGAAUGUCGGGGAGGGUUACUGGUCACGAGAGGAGCGUCCAGAAAAGAUGCAAUAUUAGAUGUUUAUAAUGUGAUGAAUGACGAUGUACUGGUGAGCAGUAAGCUGACGAGUUACAUCUCCGGUUUUCUGCAAGUUUCUUAAGAAAGUUUAAAAAUCUAAAGAAAAAAACGUCUGUGAGGAAGUAAAGGGUUUACAAGAACCACAGCUAAGGCUAUAUAUGUUUUAUUUAUUGCUCCUCACAAUGGUUUUAUAUUUUACCUUUUCUACUGUUAUUACAUUAUUUAAAAAAAUUAUUUCUAAUGUUUUGAGAGAGGAAAAAAUGCACCUCAAGAAACAAAAAUGGCUGAAGAAUGUAGGGAAAGCAGAUAGCCUUCCUGCUCCACCGUUUAGGUUUUGAUUUUGUGUGACCAAAAUGGGACUGGGAAGUGACAGGACACAUUAAAGAUGGCGGAUCUGGAUCCUAAUCAUGUUGCUGCAGCAGAGUUGAAAGAAAAUGGAGACGUGAAAGUUGAGCAGAAAGAAAACGAGUAAAGCACAAAAAUGGGAGUGCGAAGGAGAGAUUAGAGGAGUAAGUGUUAGAGUUAGAAGUGUGUGGAGAAGAGGGGUGAAGAAAGUCAUCAGAUUAAAAUCUGCCGCUUUUAACGUGUGCCGUCAUUUCUCCGGUCUGGACUUUUAUUUUUACUUUUUUGCAUUGUCAUGUCUUCCAGUAAGACCGUUAAGAUUUAAAAACAGUCCCCUCAAGUUCUCUGUCUUCAACCGCCGGGUAAGCCGUACGGUUUUGCUCAGAAUAGAGAUGUUUUAAAACCACAGCACAACUUCAUGUAAGAAAAAAUGUCUGUCGUUUGGAAAACUCUUUCUGGGGGCUGAUGCAGCUAGAAAGAGGGCAUUGGGGGAUGUGUUUUUAUUAGGUACCAAAUAUGUACUCGAGUAUAUUUAUUUAAAUGUUUUUAACUUUUAUCAUCGAAGAAUAACUAGAAUUUAUUUUCUAUGUAAUUUAUUUGUUGUUUUUUUGUUUGUUUUGCUGUUUCGCAGCGGUCAUUUCGUUCUAAAACUUUUUUCAUUACAGAUGUCUUAAACAACCUAGUACCCAUUUUUCUGCUGCUCUUAAGUCCACAUGCUUCACCGUGGCACAACCAUUAAACUACUAAUCGCAACGCUUUAUGGCAGAAAAAAAAAGGAUGGCGCUGGCCUGCAUGCUGUAGUCCUCCUCUGUCUGCACCGCCUGUCUCGAGUCAAAGUGGCACUCAGAACUCUGAUGAAAAAUACUUCUCUGUGAUCGACUGAGUCUGUCUGACUCCUCUGAAGCAGCGGGAAAAGUUCUAAAUGAGGCCAAAUCCCACCCAACUGGCACCCCUGACAGGCUCAAGAAAGUGCUCGCAAGUAUUUGGAAGGAUUUCAGCUUUGAUCUGACCCGGUUCUGCGGGUGGCGGAGGAGUUCUAGCUGUAUGCGCACGUGUAACGCCAAAAAUCAUUAGGAACCAGAGUUCAUAAAACAGCUUUGUAGUUUCGAACACAGCACUUUUCACACCCAUCACUUUUGAUAUGGUUCAGUCGAAUCCAGUUCAGCCCUGCUUAAAAGAAAAUAUUUUUAGCUUUUUUAUUUACGUUUUGUAAGAAAGACUUUUAACUAUAGAGAAAUGCCCUCCGCUAAGCUUUGAUGCUGCUCUGAUGUGUAGAUUUGACAAGAUAUGGAUGAAGUGUCGAGCCUCGUCUACUGUAAAACAGCAAGGUUUUUAAACUAAAGCGAUACUGUAACCCAUCAAUCAUUGCGCCAAUCUGUGGUUUAAAAGGUUUCCCCUCCAACGACAUUUGGGAUUCAGAGCUGUUGAAGAUCUGCAGAUGUUAGGAGGAGGAGAUGGUGAGGCUGUCUGAUUUUCUGUGGAAGUCCCUCCAGGAUCUGAGACAGUAUUUAGGAAAACUCAGAGGAAUCCCAGAGAAGUUCAGCCUUUUCCUGUCCUUCAUGCUGUGAGGAUGCACUGGCCUGAGAGGCCACGAGGAUGUGAAAACAACAGAUUACCAUCAACAUGGAGCUGUUUUUUACACUGUACAUCCUUAGUAUUUUUACACAUCAAACGUAUGAUAGGGAUGCACAUUAUUUUCCUUCUUACGGACAGCUUCAAUAAAGCAUUAUGUCAAUCUGC